GGUGUAUAGGCUUUGGGCUGUUUCAGUUUUUACAGCCUUCGAAAGAGAACCCUAGACCUACUUAUACUUCUAGAACAUCCUCGCUUACAAAGUGACUUCACAUAGAGGUUGAAUUUGAUCGGACAUACUUUUAAAAACUGGAGCUGUUGCUGGAGUUCGCGCAUGUCUGUUCACCCUUCCUGUUUUCAGAGUGUUCAAGGAGGUAUACAUCAUGCCACAGCAUUUCCCUUUGAUCGGCUUAGAAAGCUUAGUAAGUGGCAUAAAAACACACCCAUAUCGAGGAUUGAUCACAAUGGUGCUCGAUACAGAAGGUCCUACGCAAUUUGGAAUGUGGGUCAAUCUCCUUCGCCUUUAUCAGCAUCUGGGUUUUCAUCGGCAGAGAGCUUCAAAUGUAAAGAACCCGCCUAUUCCAUUUUUGAACGAUUGUUGGAUGAACAAAGCCAACUGGGUAUUGUCUUGACUGCAACAGAAAUAGCUGAAGCAACAGGAGGACAGGUUAUUAAAGCAGGUCCGCCUGGAAGCAUAUGCACAGAUACCAGAAACAUUAAACCUGGUCAAUGGUUUCUUGCCCUUACAGGCCCCAGAUUUGAUGGCCAUCAAUUUCUACAAUCUGCAUUGGCUAAGAGCUGUGCAGGUGUAGUAGGAAACAGGGUUUGUGAAAACUGGCCGAGGGGUUUCGUGAAAGUUGAGGAAAAUACUUUGACAGCCCUACACAAAUUAGGUUCCUCAGCAAGGAAGAAAUUUAAAGGUCCUGUUGUGGGUAUUACAGGAAGUACAGGAAAGACCACGACAAGGGCCAUGAUUGCCCUUGUCCUGGAGUCUCUGGGUCACAUUCAUCAGACAUCAGGUAAUCAGAAUAAUCAUAUCGGUGUACCUCUGACUCUUAUAUCAAUGCCAAUGCAUUCCAAAGCCUGUGUUUUGGAAUUGGGGAUGAAUCAUUCGGGAGAGAUUCAGGAGCUGGCUAGGAUUUCAGAGCCUUGUGUGAGAGUGGUGCUCAAUGUGGGUCCUGCUCAUAUGGAGAACUUCACAAGCUUGGAGGAGAUUGGGAGGGCUAAAGGCGAGAUUUUUCUGGAGGCGAGGUCCGGGGAUAUAUGUAUAUUAAAUGCUGAUGAUCCUUUGGUCAUGGCCCUUCACCUUCCAGAUGGGGUGCAAAGAGUUCUCUUUGGGAGCAAGUUGGGUUGUGAUGUGCGACUGAUAGCCGCAAAAUCUAUUCAAGGAGGCCAUGCAAUUCAGGUUACCCUAGAGCAUUGUUCCUCUGCAAAUGUUGAACUAGAGAAGGAUAACUUGCAACACAAGAAAUCAGUAACAGAAUCCAGGGACUCAGAAGGGGUUGAAUGUUGUCAACAAUCAAACUCAAGAGUAGUUUUUGAAAUUCCCAGUCCUGGGCAACACCUAGGUAUGAAUGCAUGUGCAGCUGCUGCAGUGGCAGUUUCACUUGGGGUUUCAUUAACCCAAGUUGGUAAAGCUUUGUCAAAGUUUAGCCCAGUUAAUAUGCGGUUAAGCAUGGAAACUUUUGAAAAUGGAAUCACAAUUAUAAAUGACACUUACAAUGCAAAUCCAAUGAGCAUGGUUGCAGCACUUGAUAUUCUUCAUUCUGUAGAAUGCAAAGGUAGAAAAGUGGCUCUUCUUGGAGACAUGUUUGAACUUGGAAUAUCUGGCAAAAAAGCCCAUGCAGAUAUCUUAAAAAUAUGUCAAGAAAUAGGUAUUCAACUAUUAGGAGUUGCUGGCUUGCAUUUUAUGGAAGCAGUUAAUGUUGUGGACAUGGCAUCUUCUGAGUUAUGCACUCUGAGUGCCCUAAAUUCAGAAUCUCUUGCCUUACAAAUCAGGAAAAAACUUAAUAAGGGUGAUGUUGUUUUGGUUAAGGGUAGUCGAGGAAUGCAAAUGGAGAUUGUAGUUAAAGCCAUUAAAGAGAUUUAACAUCUAAGAUUGCCAAUCACCAUUAAGUCGGGUGUGGAACAUGCCAGUGAGCUUCUCCAUACUCUGGGAAAAGGAGGGACACGGUGGAUUCCAAGUGCAAUCUAAUCAUCAUAAAUGAAAAUCUUGUUGGAAGCCAGAAAGUAAAAAUGAAGUUUAUUUUUUAAUACUCAAAAUUUCAUGCACUAUCUACAUGUAAAAUAUCAUGUCUAUCAUCAUAGCAAGUACCCUUCAUUACAAUAAAUAGUGAACUUGUACAUAUCUGCUUCACAUUCAGGAAAAAGGACGUGGGAUUGGAGCAGCAAUAGCUAGGUCAACGUACAACCCAGGUCAGCGUUAAUCUUUUUGGGAAUUGUUCACGUCAGUGAAAAGCAUUAAUUGAAAAAUGGCCUAUAUUUUUUCUCUACAUUCAAAAAAACUUAAACCAGCAAAAAGACUUGAUAAUAAUAUUUUAUUUGAAGAUUGGAGGCACAGACAGGAUAUUUUUCAACACUUUAUGAAACCUCCAACUACCCAUAAUGCAAACAAGGCAGGAACCCAAAAUUCCUCAAUUUUUUAGUUCUUAUUCUAUGAGGAAAAUAAUCAAUUUAAGACAUGCUUACAGUUUGAUUAUAAUUUGUUCAAGAGAAUAAGCAUGCAGGCAGGUUUUGGACUUCAAAGAUGGCAAAAUUUCAAUUUUUCAGGUAGAGCCAUAUAAAUUACAGUUUACAUGCUCGAAAAAUCUGUACAAUAUAGUGUAAUGGCCGCACAACCAUCCUCUAUAUAUUUACGAAUUGAAAUACAGGAUUACAGCACAACCACCAGUUUGCAUGGCUGGUAAGCAAGCGAAACAUUAUAGAGAUUUUGUUUCCUUCACUGCUGCCAAUUUCUUUAAGAAAUACUUUAGCUCUUACAAAAAAUUGUAUGGUUUUUUUCUCAAGUUGAAAUGAAUGUAUAUUAAUAUUUGUGGACCAAAUGGUCUUUUGGUCGUAGUGACUAUGACUCAAUUGCAAUGCCCAGAAGUAAACAGGACAGGUUACUGUAUCUUAAUCAGCAGCAUUACCUUAGUGGAUAUGCUGUAAAUAUAUUUGCCAUAACCAAUAUUUGUUAGUUUGUAAACAAU